AUGGAGCCCUCGCCCACCCCAGGGGCCCAGACUGGGACCCCCACUGGCGGCGGGGAACUGUCACCGUCACAGGUGCCUCCCGACUACGAAGACGAGUUCCUGAGCUAUCUGUGGCGUGAUUAUCUGUACCCGAAGCAGUAUGAGUGGGUCCUCAUCGCUGCCUACGUGGCUGUGUUCCUGGUGGCCCUGGUGGGCAACACGCUGGUCUGCCUGGCCGUGUGGAGGAACCACCACAUGAGGACGGUCACCAACUAUUUCAUCGUCAACCUGUCCCUGGCUGACGUGCUGGUGACAACCAUCUGCCUUCCAGCCAGCCUGCUGGUGGACAUCACCGAGUCCUGGCUCUUUGGUCAUGCCCUCUGCAAGGUCAUCCCCUAUCUACAGGCCGUGUCUGUGUCGGUGGUGGUGCUGACUCUCAGCUUCAUCGCCCUGGACCGCUGGUAUGCCAUCUGCCGCCCGCUGUCGUUCAAGAGCACCGCCCGGCGCGCCCGGGGCUCCGUCCUGGGGAUCUGGGCCGUGUCGCUGGCCGUCACGGUGCCCCAGGCUGCGGUCAUGGAAUGCAGUAGCGUGCUGCCUGAGCUAGCCAACCGCACCCGGCUCUUCUCCGUCUGUGAUGAACAUUGGCCAGAUGACCUCUAUCCCAAGAUCUACCACAGUUGCUUCUUCAUUAUCACCUACCUGGCCCCACUGGGCCUCAUGGCCAUGGCCUAUUUCCAGAUCUUCCAUAAGCUCUGGGGCCGCCAGAUCCCUGGCACCACGUCGGCCCUGGUGAGGAACUGGAAGCGCCCCUCAGACCAGUCGGACGACCAGGGGCUGGGCCUGAGCACAGAGCCCCCGCCCCGGGCCCGGGCCUUCCUGGCUGAGGUGAAGCAGAUGCGCGCGCGGAGGAAGACGGCCAAGAUGCUGAUGGUGGUGCUGCUGGUCUUUGCCCUCUGCUACCUGCCCAUCAGUGUCCUCAACAUCCUCAAGAGGGUGUUCGGGAUGUUCCGCCAAGCCAGCGACCGAGAAGCCAUCUAUGCCUGCUUCACCUUCUCCCACUGGCUGGUGUAUGCCAACAGCGCUGCCAACCCUAUCAUCUACAACUUCCUCAGUGGCAAAUUCCGGGAGCAGUUUAAGGCCGCCUUCUCCUGCUGCCUGCCUGGUCUGGGUCCCUGCAGCUCUCCGAAGGCCCCCAGCCCCCGAUCCUCUGCCAGCCACAAGUCCUGGUCCUUCCACAGCCGGUGCUCCAUCUCCAAAGUCCCCGAGCACGUGGUGCUCACCAGUGUCACCACUGUGCUGCCCUGA